UUCGCGAGUGUGCCGAACGUGCGGUGGAGGAAGGAGUUAAACACAAUGGACAAAUAUUUACGGUGGUUUAUCAAGUACCAGAUGUACUUGAUAAUAGUAGUGACUAUGACUAUGGUUGUGAUGUUCACACCGAUUAUGGCGGAUCAUGAAGCACAAGAAAUUGAAAAUCUGCGCUUCGGAGGAUAUGUAGCUUUGCUUUUCGGUAUAACCUGGGCCGCCGCGGUUAUUUGUCUCGUUAUUGCAAUAAAAAAAGAAGACAAACGGUUUAUAUAUCCUUAUGCGGCUGUGCUGGUGUUGGAUCUUUCUCUUCUAAUUCUAAGGGAAUUAUAUCGCGCUAUAUUCGAUAAUAUUCAUAUCCACAUUGUAGGCAUAGCAAUAUUUAUCGGAGCGAUAACUCUUCCGUACGUAUGUGCGAGCCUGUUUGCAUUACACCGGUUAUUUACGGUGGACCCAAUCGUGAUACAGCAAAGUGCAGGAUUUGUAAGAUUCGAUCGUAACGAAGUGACUGGCGUCCGGCAAGAUCGUCCUACCGCUACCAGCAGUCCGGUGUCACAAGUCAUGGUGAUGGAGUAGGUUUGCAACAAAGAUUUGAUCAGAAGCAGAAUUUGCAUCAAAAACACCUCCAGUGCAAUAGAACAACUAUCGAGUGCAAUCUACUGCUGGCGUAAACGGAAAUGGGCAAUUUCCGGAUGAUUAGACCACAUAAUGCAAUGAUAACUUGUGAGUACAUGA